AUGAUCAUAGUAAUCACAGUAAUACCCGCCACUCUUUUAAGUCUAACAAUCGAAAAACAUUCAUCAGAAAUAGACAGCGAAUAUAAAAACAAUAUUAUUAUUGGCGACGUCGAGGAUUAUACCAAAGACCGAAAACUAUACGACAGACUAGUGACAAUAAAUUUAUCAAUACUCUACUACAUCGCUAUUUACAUUUUCCUACUUGUGAAACUAUGGAAUCUACGUAACAAGAUCUCAGACUACAAGAUCUGGUUGUUUCAAGGAUUUGUUGGAUUACUGAUGACGAUGGCACAUUUAUCCGCUUACAUGAUCGUCAAAAAUUAUGAUGAUAGUCAACAGCCUAUUAUUACGUCGACUUUGGCAUUCACAGUGAUUCUAGCAAAAGAGCGGAAGUUGAUUUAUGUUUGUUUUUUGAUGAUUCCUAUUUGGGUCAUAUCGGUUAUAGCGUUAAUGAAUUAUUCGGGUCGUGUUGGUGGUUGGAUGUGUAGCAGUAAAAGCUAUCGUUGCACUGCUGGCAGUCAACAAGAUCCUUUGUCAUCAAGUGAAGGAGGAGAAAUAUGCGAUUAUGUAGAGGUUUCUACAAAAAUAAUGACAUCAUCUUCGUCUUCGUUACUACCAGAAGCAGCAAAACUACAAGAACAGAAUUACAAUGAAAUUAUUCGAGUACCUCAUUAUGGUUCAAUGAGAUCAACUAUCAUCACUGACA